UUGGGUGGAGUCACUGUCUAUCAUCACCAAACGAGGCGGGCUAGUUCGGCUAAACACGAAGCGGUCAAUGGGCUUCACUGUUAGGUUUGACAUGUUUCCUUGAGCAAUCAUGGGAUUAGCACAAACGAGUUAGUUGACAGAUCGGCAAAAAUAUCAAGUUCUCCACCGUUUGUGUAGUGUUAACUGAGGCAAAUGUAGCUAAAUGUAGAUAAAGAGGACUCGCUACCCGGUGUUUUUUCCCAGGAUCGUUUUAUUUUACACUUGGAUUGCCUAAAACACAACAUAGAGAUGGACAAUUUGUCCUUUGACGAUCCUUCGUUGGAUAAUCUGGAUCCGACGUUGUCGCUGAAUGACCCCAGUGAUAUUGACACGGCCCUCUUAAACGACAUUGAUGUUAUGCUUAAGCUCCUCCACCAGGAAGGGGAACUUGGAGGAAUUUUUGAUAACCCCCCAUACACAGGACCCUCCACCAAUGUGGAACUUUCUUGUCCGCCCCAGGCUGUCACAUCGUCCGCUUCCCUCUCCACCUCAACUUCACCUCCAUCCGUUUCUUCUUCUUCCUCCAUUCUAAGCAGCAGCCCCCACCUGGAUGCACUCCUGGGCCCUCCUAUCACCCGUAGUUCCUCCACCCCAGACAAGGCCUUCCAGCCAAGCACCUUUCAGCAGUCUCCCCUCGCCCAGGUGUCUGUCUCCCCUCCACGUCAGCAGCCAACCUCCCCACAGCAAACUCAAGACCAUAGACUGACCAAAGUAGAACUGUCCCAACCGGUUGCGGGCCAGUCUGCUUCCGCCCUAGGGGCUUCACCUCACGGCUCACCGCGCCCAAACCCCGGAAUUAGCACAUCCCCAAAACUAUUCUCCUCCCUGUCACCGCCCCAAACACCACCCCAAGCUCCCAACCAGCAGCAGACGCAACUUCAGAACCAGACUCUCAACAUAAGCCAGAACAGCUUCAUAGCCGGAAGCCCCAGCAGCGUGAGCCAACCGGUCGCCACCGUAUCCUCUUCGCCACCGAAGUUUCAACCAAUGGCCAUUCAGACCCCGCUCCAAGGGUUGACCACAACUUCUCCUCUGCUAACCGCUUCUGGAAGCCCACCUACUCAGACGCUCGCAUCUCACGUGCAGCAAGUGUUCCUGCAGCCCCAGUUUAUCAAAGCUGAGCCUUUGCUGUUGACUACUCUUAAAAAUGACCCCUGCAUAGUCACCACCGUGCCCCCAUCCACAUCCCUGGCUACUACCACGCCAGUUCAGAGCACUUCACUACAGGCUUUUGUAGGCGGUGGCACCUUCCUGGCGACGGUGCCUGUUGUGGUGGAUGCUGAGAAGCUGCCAAUCAACCGCAUCGUCAACAAUGGUAAAACAAGCGGCUUCCCGGCCAAAGGGGAGAAGCGUACGGCUCACAACGCCAUCGAGAAGCGCUACCGCUCAUCCAUCAACGACAAAAUCAUCGAGCUCAAAGACUUGGUGGCGGGUACCGAAGCUAAGCUCAAUAAAUCAGCCGUGUUGAGAAAAGCCAUCGACGUGAUCCGUUUCCUGCAGCAAUCCAAUCAGAAGCUCAAACAGGAGAACAUGGCGCUGAAAAUGGCAGCCCAGAAAAACAAAUCUCUCAAAGAUCUGGUUGCCAUGGAGGUGGACAGACCAGCUGACGUCAAGACAGAGCUGCCCACCCCGCCGGCGUCGGACGUGGGCUCACCCUCUUCUUACUCCCACUGCGGUAGCGACUCUGAACCUGACAGCCCGAUGGGAGAGGACACCAAGCCAAAUGUGGGCAUGUUGGACCCGUCAGCGACAGUCGGCGGUGGCAUGCUCGACCGCUCUCGCAUGGCGCUUUGUGCCUUCACCUUCCUCUUCUUGUCCCUCAACCCUUUGGCCAACCUGCUGUGCUCGUCCGGCGGCGGAACGGCUAGCGGCGUGUCUGGCGCAGCACAUCACGCGGGCAGCAGGAAUGUUCUGGGUUUGGACAUAGCAGCUGAUUCAUGGGGCUGGAUGGGCUGGAUGCUACCGACAAUCCUAGUGUGGCUUUUGAACGGCAUUUUGGUGUCUGGAGUUCUGAUCCGACUUCUGGUCUAUGGCGAGCCUGUAACCAGACCUCAUUCUGGAUCUUCCGUCUUAUUCUGGAGGCACCGCAAGCAGGCAGACUUGGAUCUGGCAAGAGGAGAUUUUGCCCAAGCCAGUCAGAACCUUUGGACUUGUCUGAAAGCUCUGGGGCGUCCCUUACCCACCUCCCAGCUUGACUUGGCUUGCGCCUCGCUUUGGUCGCUCCUCAGAUUCUGCCUUCAGCGACUUUGGGUGGGCCGCUGGCUGGCCGCCAGGGCAGGUGGCUUGCGAUCAGACCGCCCCUUGCAGGAGGACGCUUGCAAGAGCAGUCGAGAUGCUGCCCUGGUUUACCACCGCUUGCACCAAUUACACAUGACAGGCAAGUUGAACGGUAGCCACCUGUCAGCCGUGCACAUGGCUCUGAGUGCAGUCAACCUGGCAGAAUGCGCUGGCUCCUGUCUUCCUGUCGCUUCGCUGGCGGAGGUCUAUGUAUCUGCGGCGCUCCGAGUCAAAGCCAGCCUGCCAAGGAUCCUGCACUUCACCUCCCGGGUUUUCCUAAGCAGCGCACGUCAGGCGUGCCUGUCAUCCAGCGGCAGCGUUCCUCCAGCCAUGCAGUGGCUCUGCCACCCUCUGGGUCAUCGCUUCUUCGUGGAUGGAGACUGGGCCAUUCGUAGCAUCCCCAAAGAGAGCAUCUACAGCCAGGCUGGCAACACUGUGGACCCUUUGGCUCAAGUGACUCAAGCCUUCAGAGAACACCUGCUGGAAAAGGCUCUUUAUCGUGUGGCCCAGCCAAAAGGAGAGAAAACCCCCAGUCACAGCGAGGGGGAGUACGCGGACGCUCUGGAGUAUCUACAGUUACUUAUUAGCGCGUCUGAUGCAGCCGGCGCCACCUCCCAGUCCUUUGCUAUUGGCUCCAACAUGGCCACCGUGACAGGCUGCGACCCCCACUCCAAAUGGUGGUCCUCAGUUGCCGUGGUGAUCAUCAACUGGCUCCAAGGAGACGACACGGCCGCCGAGAGGCUGUAUCCGACCGUCGAGCACCUGCCACGCACUCUCCAGAACGUGGAGAGUCUCCUUCCCAAAGCCUGUCUUAACACCUUCCGUGCUGUCCGUGCUCUACUGUCCAAACCUGAAAACUGCCAGUUGAGUCUGAGCCACAGCGACAAGGCCAGCGCCCUGCUCCGAGACAGCCUCAACUUGGGCCCGCACUCCCACAGCUCUAGUUUAGACAAGGUUGUCCAGUUGCUGCUGUGUGACCUCCUACUAGUGAUGAGGACCAACGUGUGGCGUCUGCAGCAACAGGGCGCAGCCGUACAGGGUCCGGCGUGUCCGGGAACAGGCCCCGCGGGCAUCCACCAGGCCUCACCACCUGAGCUCCAAGGCUUUCAGCAAGACCUCAGCUCCUUACGCAAACUGGCACAGAGUUUCAGGCCGGCCAUGCGAAGGUUGUUCCUCCACGAAGCCACGGCGAGGCUAAUGGCGGGGGCUAGUCCCACUCGCACGCAUCAGCUUCUGGACCGCUCGCUGCGACGAAGAGCUACACCCGGAACAAAGACAGUGUCAUCACGCAAGGACAGCAUGGAGACGCAAUUUGCAUCAUUUCUGCAUUCUGUCAAACCCUGCCACAUCAUAACUUCGCCAUGUACAAGACAGUAGUGCUGCAAUGAUUAAUCGAUUAAGUUAUUCAAUUAGAAAAAAAUGCUUUGAACCCAAAUUUGUUGCUUUGAGGAUUCGUAUAGUUAGAGUGUCGUUUUAAUGGUUUGUUUUGAAAGUGUUAUCAUCUAGUUUAAUGGAUUUGGGUGGAUACACUGCCCUCUAGCGGCAACAGUUAAUAUGAGAUAACUCAUCUAACGGGUGGAUCCAGCUGCUCCCUGUUAAGAGCAACAUAAAGUGGUUCAGGUUUUUGUUUGAGCUAAUAUGCGCUUUGUCCUAAAACAAGUAGCGCCAGCCUGGAUAACAAAGUUGAUAGCAGGCGCUUGUGACGUCAAGACCAGCAUCGGUCGGUGUGGCAACCACAUCCCAUCCACGCACGAACCUAAACAGCCCGAAACCGGCCAGAGAGGGAUGAUCCCAAAGCAACGCCCGGACACACCUUCGGCCGGCCCACUACGCCACGGACUUAAAAAACACUGGACACUGAGAUAAGACAGAUUUGCUGCUCGGAAACAUUUUCUAUGUAGCCUUGCUUUGGAUCCAGAAAGGUCCCUCCGUCGUCUGUUUUUGCCUUGUUUUUGACCAUUGUCGACGAAUAAAUUGUCAACCUGUUUUCGGUGAGUCUUCUUUAAACUUUUGAAACAUGGAGUCAGUACAACGGGUUAAAAGAAGAAGAGAACGCGCUGAGUUUUGUUUCCUCCGUGUUUGGCUCGCGGGGGCGGUAAACAGCUGCACCAGUUCCGUUCGGCUGCCGCCGUUCCCGUGCAGCUUUGGCUGGGGGGACUAAAUUCCAACAUUAUGAAUUUGUAAUUUAGUUUAGAAACAUAG